CUCCAAAGAGACUCAGGGAAGUCGUAGGUCCAAUCCGAACCGACAAACGCCAUCGGCUGGAGACAGUUACAGCAGCAACGUUUUUCAACAUUAUAGACCUAGACAUUUACUUUUUUCCAUUGCAACUAGUCUAGCGAGAACUACGAGUAGAACGAACACAACUAUCCACCAAAACAAAAAACCAAAUACCUCCAAAAAUGCUUCUCGCUCCUUCGCGUCCUUUGUUGCUGCAAAUGUGCAGGAGGGCGCGCAACCCCGGUUUUGUAGCCAUGGACGACUUAAGGAUACACGAUUCCCGCAGAGACGUGGCGCUGAAACCACCAUUCUUCAAGCAUCGUCGAGUAUCGAUGCCUUACGUGUGCGAGCGGUUCGACCCGUUGAUACCAGGUGGAAGGAUACGGCUCAUCCUGGAAUACGACUGGGAGGUUGCUCUUGCUGCAGAGGAGGCAGCAAAAAUGCGAGAUGUAUUGAAACGAUUGCUAGGAGGUGAAAUUGUCGGAGAUGGAAAUCAAGCCGAUCAAGAUGAAGAUUCAUUUUCUUCUACCGCUUCCAGCACUAGUACAACAAUUGGGCAGCGGCCUCGUCCAUACAAAUACCUAGUGGAGAUCGAAUCGAGAAAACCUGAACGUCCCCCGGUAAAUACUGCGCCCAUUAUUUCAAGUGCUGUUGGAAGGAGUAUUUCCUCCUACCCAUACAUCCCUGAACCUAGUGCAGCAGGAACUACACCGAUUACACCGAUUGGAGUUCAUUAUAGCCAAGAGAAGGGCAUUGAAAG